AUGCCUGACCGAAUCCCACCUGAUUUGAUCGAAGAAAUUUUCUCCAAGCUCCCUGUAAAGACGCUCAUAAGAUUCAGGUUUCUAUCCAAGUCUUGGCGGGCUACAAUAGGCAGCCAAGAAUUCAUCAAAAAGCACUUGAGGAACUUGUCCCAUCACAACCUUAUUCUUGGAAAUUUCAAUGGCAGCUCUAAUCUUGUAGUUGGUGAAGUAUAUCUUUACUCUGCAGACUAUGACUCUUUUCUUGAAACUGACUGCGCCGUUUUCAAAGAACUCAAUCUCCCAGUGGAGCCCAGGACUGACCUUGAAACUGAUAUCCUGGGUUCAUGUAAUGGACUGCUUUGUGUAUUGUCUUUGUGGGAUGAUCGCCCUAUUGUAUGGAACCCAUCGACCAGAAAGCACCGGAUUUUACCGAGUGCCAGAAAAGAUGAAUUUCACGGUGUUCCCGUCGGUGGUAACUGCUAUACCUGUUAUGGGUUUGGGUAUGAUUCAGUGAGCGAUGAUUAUAAGGUGGUUGCUAUUCCAGUGCUUUAUGGGCGUGAUGAUCAGGUUUACUCUAAAGUUAAGGUUUAUGGUCUGAAAGUAGAAUCUUGGAAAAGGGUUCCAGAUUUUUCUUACUAUUUUCAUAAGCAUGUCAGUGGCAAGCUUGUAGAUAGGGCAUUGUAUUGGGUUGUAAAAGCUAGUGAAUCCAAUUCUAACAAACUUAUUGCUACCUUCGAUCUUGGAACAGAGGAAUUCAGGUUACUUCCACAACCUGAGUAUUUUGAUCGCCAUUUUGAUAUGCGUUUGGGUAUUUUGAAAGGAUGCCUUUCCUUGAUUUGUGAAUAUUAUGAAAGUCAUUUUGAUAUCUGGGUGAUGGCAGAGUAUGGAGUCCAGAAAUCUUGGACAAAUUUGGUUUCAAUCAAAAUAUGUGAUCUAUCUACUAACUGUCGUCUCUCUCCUAGCUGUCCUCAAGCAAUGAAGCCAAUAGCUUAUUCUAAAUGCCGUAGACGAGUACUUUUGGGACAGGCUAAUUAG